UAAAACCACCUAGAAUCCAAUGCAUGACAGUUUCAGACUUACACCGCGUUGAACUGUUGUAUGUAGCAAGUGAGCUAAUAUGGCAUCAGAGUUCGGAUUUCACGUUGUUGACUAUGUUAUUUUUGCUGGGAUGAUCUCCUUUUCAAUCGGGAUAGGUGUGUACUCCGCCUGUUCCGGUGGGGGACAGAAGACUACCUUGGAGUAUCUGGUCGGGAAUCGUCGUCUGAAGAUGUUACCGGUCGCCGUUUCCCUUGUUGUUUCCUUUGAGUCGUCCAUACUGGUGCUUGGUUACCCUGCUGAAAUUUAUAUCUACGGCGAUCAACUUCUAUGGACAAGCGUUGGGUUCUUUCUGGCCAUGUUGACUGCCGUUAGAAUAGUAGUACCUAUGUUUCACCCACUCAAACUUACAAGCGUGUAUGAGUAUUUUGAGCUUCGAUACAAAAGCAAAGCACCCCGUUACUUGGGCACGAUCAUUGGGAUUUUGUAUUACCUAUUUUACAUGGGUAUUGUUCUUUAUGGACCGGCAAUAGCAUUGGAAGCAGUGACAGACCUGCCAUUCUGGGCUUCUGUAUUCUCCGUAGCAGGAGCAGCGAUAAUUUACACCUCUAUAGGCGGAAUCAAGGCGGUCGUAUGGACGGAUGUAUUACAAUGUAUCAUUAUGACCCUAGGGAUGAGUGUUGUUGUCAUAAAGGGUACGAUGGAUGUAGGAAACAUAGGAAAGGUGUUCCAAAUUAACUACGAAAAUCUUAGACUCAAUUAUUUCAAAUUUGACCCAGACCCGACAGUUCGACAGACUGUCUGGUCACUAUGUUUAGGGUUUUAUUUUGCGGGCUUCGGCAUGGCAUUCAACCAGGCAACGGUUCAAAGGAUAAGUUCCGUUAAGUCUUUACAAGAAGGCAAACGAAUUAUGUAUUUUGCUGCUCCAGCCUUCUUCAUUAUCGCCCUUAUAGUCAAUAUUGAAGGUCUAGUGAUGUUUGCCUACUUUAAUGCCGUCGGCUGCGAUCCCAUUGAAUCAGGUCAGAUAAAGAAUGCUAAUCAGUUGCUACCCCACAUGGUGGUGAGGAUAUUUCAUGGUCUUCCUGGACUCUCCGGGCUGUUCCUCGCCUCUUUGUUCAGCGCCUCGUUAAGCACAAUUUCAUCUGGAUUAAGUUGUUUAAGUGCUCAGACAGUACAAGACUUCAUUAAACCCCGAUAUAAGAACAUGUCCGAUGGAAAAGCCACGGCGAUUGCCAAAGUAUCAGUCUUUUUCUACGGAGGGAUGUCUGUCGCUGUCACAGCGUUGAUAGCCAAUGUUUCGGGAUCUAUGAGUCAGAUAGCGGCUUCAAUACUUACCUGUUUCGGAGGUCCUCUGUCCGGCAUGUUCCUCUUUUCCAUGUUUUGUCCAUGGGCAACUAAAAAGGGUGUCGUCAUCGGCGGGGUAAUAUCGAUGAUAUUUGUUUUCUGGAUAUCCCUUGGACAGAACUUCUUCACGUCUAAACCAAGUGAGCCUUGGCUGCCACCAAACCCAACAGAUCAAUGCUUCCUGGAUUCGACAUUCUACACUAACACAACUUUGAUGACUAAUUCAACUGUUUACUACAACUCAUCAGAUUGGCAUCCGUCGCAUCCUAGCAACACAUCUUCACGAAUAACGACAUACCAACAAGAAAUGGAAAUCUUCAAUACCAUCAAAGCCCAAGGUAUUGACAAGUUAUUUUCCCUCUCGUUUCGUUGGUUUGGGGCCGUGGGACUACUAUUGACGAUUGUGAUAGGAUCUAUCGUAAGCCUGAUGACAGGUUAUCCAGCACCAGAUGAAGUAGAUGUGAGAUACAUUUUACCUAUUGGGGACCAGUUGUUUCCCUUCCUUCCAAAAAAGGCCCGUCGGUGGUUAGAGUUUGGGGUCGACUUUGACAAGCGAAGAAGAUGGUUAGAACAGCAGUCCGAGGAGACGAUCAUCCCUACUGAUCUUUAUGGAGAAAUUGGUGUGGAACUUGACGAGGUCAAAGACACCCUGCUGAUCAGCUAUGCUAGUGAUUUAGUUAACUAGACUACUUAAUGUAAUGGAUAGAAUAAAUAUCGAACAUAAAUAAGUUUUGUGGCACAAGUGUUUUUGAAUAUUUCAGACUUUUACAUAUCAAAUUACAUUUCAUCGUUUUGUGGGAACAUUAACAGUUCGAACAAACAACACAUUGUGUCACUGUUAAUUCAGAUAAACCCGAUAUAGGUAAUAGAAAUAGAAUACACGUCAUAAUUUGUGAUGAAUUUGGUUCUAAACUAAGGUAAUAACACUAUUAAUUGGUGUGACUGUCUUUUAAUAC